GGCGGGGUUUACGGAAUAUCGGUAGGGGAAAAACAUCACUAGCAACAUCCAGAACUUUCUAGACGCAAAGCACGAGAACAGGCAGCGGGCUAAUGGCAAGCGACAAGAGUUUUACUGACAGCUUCAUAACCGCGGACCCAGCACGAGCUCUUGAGGAGCUGAAUGUGGCUUUAGGUGAGACUGCUGAUAACGCAGAAUGGCUGUGUCAACGAGCAUAUGCACACAUCCUGCUCAGAGACUAUAACAGAGCAGUUGAUGAUGCUAAGAAAGCACAGCAGCUUCAGCCUGGUAUGGCACUUGCAUUCCUGAGAGCAGGAAUUGCAGAAUAUCAUCUUAACAGCAUCAGUGCUGCACACCAGGCCUUCACAGCUGGAAAAGGACUUGAUGGUGCUAAUGAAGACUUUCAAACAUGGAUCAAGAAAUGUGAAGAGAAAAUGGCAACACAAGACCAAAAUGGAACCUCAAAUUUGCAGCAAACUGCAACUCCCCAUGUCAAACACGACUGGUACCAGACAGAAUCUCAAGUUACUGUCACACUAAUGGUAAAAAAUGUCAAGAAGGAAGAUGUUAGCAUCACAUUUCAGGAAAAGGAGUUGAAAGCAAUGGUGAAACUUCCAUCUGGUGAGGAUUACUGCCUAAAUAUCCACCUUCUACACCAUGUUGUGCCUGAGCAGAGCACAUACAGGAUCCUCUCUACCAAGGUUGAGAUAAAAAUGAAGAAGACAGAAGCCAUCCGGUGGGAGAAACUGGAAGGCGAAGGUGUCCUUCCCAACUUGAAGCACUUUUCUCCCUCUUCGAACCAAUACCCAUCAUCCUCCCACUACACCCGCAACUGGGACAAGUUGGUGGGUGAUAUUAAGGAGGAAGAGAAGAAUGAGAAGCUAGAGGGGGAUGCAGCACUGAAUAAGCUGUUCCAGCAGAUCUACUGUGAUGGCUCAGAUGAGGUCAAGAGGGCCAUGAACAAGUCCUUUAUGGAAUCUGGAGGCACAGUUCUCAGUACUAACUGGACAGACGUGGGCAAACGGAAGGUAGAUGUUAAUCCCCCUGAUGAUAUGGAAUGGAAGCAAUAUUGAAGGAACUUGACAUGGUGAUAUCAACAGACAUACAGUUCCAUAAUCACCUCACAGCCCUGACCUUCCUUUCAUUAUGUUCACAUUAUGUCCUUUUCACAUUUGGCUUGUCCUUCAGACCUAAUUGUAUAAUCACAAGCUGGGACUAACAGUUGUGGAGAACACUUUAUUUUUUAUUUUUUUUUAAGUGGGUUAUGGUGUGGAGACUGGCUGUCUCGGACAUCUUGUCUUUGAUCCUUCUCGAUCCUUCAACCUGCUCGAGUAUCACUCAUCACUUGUCAAGUAGCCAUGCAUCAGUAUACAUAUUGGCCAUUUUUACAAUGUAUUUCAGGGGUUGUGUUUUCCUUGAAUAUUACUAAAACACAUUGUAAAUAAAUUUUUCUCUUGGUCUGGAAA